AUGGUCCCGUAUCGAUUAUGGAAGAGGGCGCAUAUCAUUGAACCGAGGGCACUGAAUCAAUUCAAGAACUGUUAUUUCUCUCCGAUUCAAUGCGUACUUAUGGAACGUCGUCGAAGAUAA